UUGGCUCUCAGAGGCCCAUCAGCUGUAGCUGAAAUUCCAGAUCCCAAGACAACAGCCCAGAACACCUGUUCCCCAGGACCCAGAACCAUGGAGCUCUCCGACAGUGACCGACCUGUCAGCUUUGGUUCCACCUCCUCCUCGGCUUCUUCUCGGGACAGCCACGGUUCCUUUGGUAGCAGAAUGACCUUGGUUUCCAGUAGCCACUUGGGCCUGUUUCACCAAGAUAAGGAAGCAGGGGCCAUCAAACUGGAAUUGAUGCCAGCAAGGCCGUUUUCCAGCAGCGAGCUGCCAAGGGAUGUCCCUGCUGGGCAACAGAACAUGGAUGAGGACAGCACAAGGCAGCCCAGCGCCCAAUGGAGUGGGGACACAAGUGGAGUGCCUGAAGCCCCGGCGGACUCUGCCACCAGCCCCAAGCUUCUCUAUGUGGAUAGAGUGGUCCAGGAGAUUCUAGAGACUGAAAGGACCUAUGUGCAGGAUUUAAAAAGCAUCGUGGAGGACUACCUUGCCUGCAUCAGGGACCAGACCAGACUUCCCCUGGGGACUGAAGAGAGAGCCUCCCUCUUUGGAAAUAUCCAGGAUAUCUACCAUUUUAAUAGUGAACUUCUGCAAGACUUGGAAAACUGUGAAAAUGAUCCUGUGGCUAUAGCAGAAUGUUUUGUGUCCAAGAGUGAAGAGUUCCACAUUUACACCCAGUAUUGCACUAACUACCCCAGAUCCAUGGCGGUGCUGACUGAGUGCAUGAGAAACAAGAUUUUGGCUAAGUUCUUCCGGGAGCGUCAAGAAGCCCUGAGACACUCCCUGCCUCUGGGGUCCUAUCUCCUGAAGCCAGUGCAACGGAUUCUCAAGUAUCACCUUCUUUUGCAUGAAAUAGAAAAUCACCUUGACAAGGACACGGAGGGCUACGAUGUGGUGCUGGACGCCAUAGACACGAUGCAGCGCGUGGCCUGGCACAUCAAUGACAUGAAGCGCAAACACGAGCACGCAGUCCGGUUACAGGAAAUCCAGAGCCUGCUCACCAACUGGAAGGGGCCGGACCUGACGAGCUACGGGGAGCUGGUGCUGGAGGGCACCUUCCGCCUGCAGCGGGCCAAGAACGAGCGGACGCUCUUCCUCCUGGACAAGCUGCUGCUCAUUACCAAGAAGAGGGACGACACGUUCACGUACAAGGCGCACAUCCUGUGCGGCAACCUCAUGCUGGUCGAGGUGAUCCCCAAGGAGCCGCUCAGCUUCAGCGUCUUCCACUACAAGAACCCCAAGCUGCAGCACACGGUCCAGGCGAAAUCCCAGCAGGACAAGCGCCUCUGGGUGCUGCACCUGAAGCGGCUGAUCCUGGAGAACCACGCGGCCAAGAUCCCAGCCAAGGCCAAGCAAGCAAUCUUGGAAAUGGACGCCAUCCACCACCCUGGCUUCUGCUAUAGCCCCAACGGAGAGACCCGGACAUCCUGUGCUGCCAAGGACGGUGCUGCCCCCUAUCGGCUGAGAAGGAAAUCCGAACCGUCUUCAAGAUCACAUAAAGUUUUGAAAACCAGUGAAACAGCACAAGAUAUGCACAAGGUGUCCCAGGAGGAAGGCUCUCCCCGCCUCAGGUCAGCAGGGCCAUCACCUGCCCAGAGGAACAGUCAGCCCAGCAGUUCCGCCAUUCUCAGCGUGCUGCACGGGGGUGGUGCCAUGAGAAACAUCUGGACCGACCACCAGAUUCGGCAAGCCCUGUUUCCCAGCCGGCGUUCCCCGCAGGAGAAUGAAGAGGAUGACGAUUACCAGAUGUUCCUGCCAUCCUUCUCCUCCUCCUCGGAUCUGAACUCGACGAGGCUGUGUGAAGAGAGCACGUCGAGUCGCCCUUGCAGCUGGCACAUGGGACAGAUUGAGUCCACAGAGACCUCCACUGCCGGCCACAGGGUUGUGCGGAGGGCCAGCAGUGCAGGGGAGAGCAACACCUGCUCCCCCGAGAUGAGAUCUAGGGACAGCGACGGCUGUCAGUACGGCUCGAGAAGGGAACUGCGGAAUGGCCCCAAUACAGAAGGGCAGGAAGGGGUGAUACCCUUUGGGUUAUCAAUGGAGUUGACCGUGGAUGAUAUAGACCACGUCUAUGACAACAUAAGUUAUGAAGACUUAAAGCUCAUGGUUGCUAAACGGGAAGAGGCUAUAGACACACCCCCUAAGCCUGGUAGGGACUCCAUUCGCCCCAAAAGCACCCCAGAGUUAGCCUUCUCCAAGAGGCAAGCUGGCCACAGUAAGAGCUCUUUGAUCACAAAAGCAGAGGGGACACUCCCGGAUAGAGAGGCACUGAACCAAAGCACACAUGACCUGCAGGUGGUAGACGAAAACAUCUAUGACACCAUAGGGCUGCCAGAGCCCGCGACCCUCGACUUCAAGUGCAGCAGCCUCAAGCGCCCCAAAAGGAGCACGUUUCUGGGGCUGGAGGCUGACUUCGCAUGCUGUGAGAGCCUCAGGCCAUUCGUGUCUCAAGACAGCCUGCAGCUGAGUGAGGAUGACGCACCCUGCCCACAGGGCCCCGCAGAGAGCGACUACCUGAAUUUGCUCUAUGACGUAUCCAGCUGUAAUUCGUCCACAGCAGACAAGGCAGUGUCUGAUAAGCUGUCCGAAGAAGUCGACGAAAUCUGGAAUGACCUAGAAAACUACAUCAAGAAAAAUGAAGACAAAGCCAGAGACAGGCUUCUGGCAGCAUUUCCUGUGAAUACAGAGGACGUGCAGGAUCGGCUGCACAUUCAGAGCACCCCGGAGCCCAGCCGCCACACCAUGCGCUCCACAUCCAUGCUGUCACUUCCCGACAGCCAGCACAGGGCACCCCGGGCCAGUCGAACCCACUACCUGUUUGAAGAGGACAUCGUUUCUAAAGAAGACUCCUUUCUGAGUCUGAACCGACUGUCUCUGGCUGGUGACACACCUCCUGUGGACAACCCCUAUGACUUGGCCAUCGGCAGUCUGUCCCAAACAGACCCUGAAAACCUAGAGCCUGGCCUGGAUGCCCCAGAUAAGACUAAAAGCAGGGUUUUUAUGAUGGCGAGGCAAUACAGUCAGAAGAUCAAGAAGGCAAAUCAGCUUUUAAGAGUGAGGAGCCCAGAGCUGGAGCAGCCACUAGCCAGUCAGCAUCUGAAAUCCACUCCCAGGGACCUGGCUGCCAUCUUGGAGGAGAAAAAGCAAGGCGGAGCUGCCAUUGGUGCCAGGAUUGCUGAGUAUUCUCAACUGUAUGACCAGAUUGUAUUCAGAGAGACUCCUCUGAAAGUUCAGAAGGAUGGCUGGGUCAACCCCCAAGAAUCCUCCAUCUUCAGGGCUGCGUCACCUGCCCCGAGCCAGCAUGGUGGUGAGGACUGGCUUUGGAAUUCAACUUACAGCAAUGGAUUAUUAGCGGAUUUCUGUCCCCGGCCAGAGCAAGACUUGAGACCCAACUAUCCCACUUUGGAAAACAGUACCAAAAGUCCUGCCAGACAGUUGUCUGCAGCCUGCUCUGUGCCUUCCCUACAGACCUCUGACACUCCCCUGGGCAUCAAACAGAGAAGCAGCGUUAUAGUGAACCAGCCCAACAAGGAAAACUCAUGCCAGAGCCACCUUUACAACUCACUGGGCAGGAAGGGAAUCAGUGCUAAACCUCAGCUUUAUAACAGGUCGCAGUCAUCGUCCUCAAUUUUAAUCAACAAGUCAGUGGACUCCAUCAACUACCCUAGUGAGACGGGAAGGAAACAGCUGCUGUCCUUACACAAGAGUUCAAGGAGUGAAAGCCACCAGGAUCUGCUGCCAGGUGUCAUGGACUCAUGCCAGCAGGGCACUGAAAAACACUCUGAUCUUACACUCCAGGACUCACAGAAAGUUCUGGUAGUCAAUAGAAAUGUACCCCUCAAUGCCCAAAGAGCAACACAGAACUACUUUUCCAAUUUCAAAGACACUGAAGGCGAUGAAGAUGACUAUGUGGAAAUCAAGUCAGAAGAGGAUGAGUCAGAAUUGGAGCUAUUUCACAAUCGUAACAAGAAAUCUGACUCAAAGAUGACGGAUACGAACCUUCCUGAUACGGUUGUCAGCAACAACACAUCUUACUCUUUAAGUAGUCCAUGCACUCCAAAAAAGCCAAUGAACAACAAACUCGGGGGUUCACCCUGUCUGACAUCAUAUAACGAUUCUGACAAACUGAAUGACUAUCUGUGGAGAGGACCUUCCCCCAAUCAACAAAAUAUCGUGCAGUCUUUAAGGGAAAAGUUUCAGUGUCUUAGUUCCAGCAGCUUUGCCUAAGUUCUUAGUGACUGCUGCCUGAAAUGGCUUCUUAUGCUCAUAAGCCCUGGAGAGCGAUGAGGUGUUUUAUACUUACAAGGUUAAGACAAUUUUGUAAUAAUCACAGAUGUAAAAACUACUUCCUUUUACAGCACAACUUUUGGAACUGGGCUGACAGUGCAGCCAGGAUUGUACUGUAGCCAAUGUCAGCUUCUAGCACAUUGUUCUCUGAUGUUAACUGUCUCCAUGUUUCACGUAAGUCAGUCUUACUUGAAGGUUUUUAGGCUUUUUUAACAUGAUGACCAUGAUGUUGUUUUCCAUUUCCUGACAAUGCCCAAACUUUUAAGAAGUGCAAUACUCUUAUCACGUGAUCCUGAGGUCCUCCAUAGUUUUAUCCUAGGAUCAAAGGCAGCCAGGAGACUGUUUCCACAGAUUUAAAAGGAAAGUUAAAGUUAAAGGGAUUUAAACAAUGAUGGUUCUAUCUGACAUUUGUGUAACCUUUGUGGCUAAACCAUAGUCUAACUUAAGCCAGAGAUCUUUAACUACAGUAUAGUCUAUGGUGCCCACCCAGAAGUUUUGACAUUGAUAUUCUUUAUAUCAUUUCAUUUUGACGCACAAAGUGCCUGCCUGUUGAAAGUUAAGACAUAGUAGGAUCAGUCUGGUGUAAAAUCCCUUUUGUCUGAUCCUGGACAAGGCCUAGAAAAUGAGCUGCUUGUCUUGUUGACUGUGUGAUUUCUGGGGUAACAUCAAUAAUUGACUUAACCAGAUUCAGCAAAAUGCAAAUUGACUCAACUACUUAUAAAAAAGGAGGGGGUGUGUCCUAGGAACAACUCUAUUAUCCCUUCAUUUGAUAGUUUAUGGAGGAAAAAGCCCACCUCGAACCUGUCUGUGAUCCAAAGCUACACCAUCAACUGAAAUAAGGAAACGCACUGGAAGGCCUCCUUUCUAGCAGCUUCUCUGACACACCUUUAUGAGGGCGAGCCUCCGAGCUUCUUCCCAGUCCGGUUGCUAAACCAUACACAGCAGGGUACCUUUUCCAUUUGCUUGACGCAUGGAAGACCUGGUCUUCAGUGACAAGGUUCACCUAAUAACAUCUUCUGUGUUGCACUCAUGGUUUUAAAACAGCCUUUCCUGGUGAUGUUAUAAAGGAGCCUCUAUUUAGGGAAGGAAACCAAGGAACAAAAGUAAGAACCUGCAGGUUCAAAUUGACAUCAAAGAGGCUAAAGAGAACAAAGAAGAUAGAGGUAUUGCUGCUUCCAGAACGUUCCAGGUGACUGAAGACUCCGAGAUAGAUCUCACCUUAAGCAGGUGUAAAUUCUGAGGCUCUCCCUGACACUCAUUUUGCAUUUUAUUUUAUUUUUCCUCUAUUCUAAUUUAAAGCCAAUCAAUUUCCAUUUGUUUAAAAUAACAUGUAAAGGGAAAGGAGUUUUCAUUUAAACAUGAACAAUAAUACAGAAUCAGUGAGGUCUUAUUAUGUCAUACCAUGAUUCUUCUGCUUAAGUCCCAUGCCUCUCUAACUGUAAACCAUAAAAUGUGGCCAUGUGUUCCUGACAUUAUCUUUCUUUUUAAAUAAUGGGAAAUAGUAUGGGUUGCUUGUUUCUGCUAACUAUUCGUUCUUCCCAUAGUUUAUAAAACAAAGUCCAUGUUGAAUAGCAUGGUUUUGGAAACAUUCCUUCCCUCAUUGCUUCCAUUUAAACACGAUAAUGACUUCUCAGACUUAAGCAUUAUCAAGAAAGGCAAGCAUCAUAAAGAAGUACAGUCUAAGACUUGCUAAAGAAUGUGUGAGUUUGCCAAUUUAGAACAGUUGCUUGACUUGUCUCCUGGGAGUUUCCCACUUUUGCUUUUUGGGAUCCAAAUUCUAUGUAGUCCACUUGACUGUGGCAUGUGACUCUCAGAAAUCAUCCUUCCUCAGCGUGGUGUUACGUGACUUUGAGGUCACCUGGGGGGAGAUGCCCCAUGGCACAAAGGUGAGUGUCGCGCUGUAUAAAACAUCUGUGCAAUUCUUUCACGUCUAGGACGAAUCUGUGGCAAUACAGAGCACUUCUGUUGGCCAGAAUGCAGAUGUUACAAGAUGUGUGCAUAUAUAUAAUCAUGUUCACAUUUUUUUCUGCAAGUUAUCAAUUAAGUACUCUCGUCAAACAAUUUCUUUUGGAGGUGGGGCGGGGGAUGUAUAUAAUUGGGGGAUAAAAAGUUAUCUGCAUUUAAAGGUAUGUCAACUUCUUUUUAGGUUCCUGUCCUGAAGGGUCAAUUUUUUUAAAAAAUAAGUUCAUUUUUUACCUACUCUAGUAGGGAAGAAAUGAGUCUAGGAAAACAUAGUUUAAAUACUGUAUAUAAUAUAGUGAAAAUUAGUUAUGCCUAUUAUUUAAUAAAGUUUGUAAAGUGCAAA